CGCGCUGUGAAACCAGGGAAGAAGAAACGAAACAAACAUGGCAGCGUACAUGAGGAGCGUGAUUUGUCUUGUUUCCAUUGAGCGAAACGUCUUUCUAUCAAGGAGAAGCGGCGUUAUUGUGGAGUCAAAACGGUAUGUCCGCGGACUGAGGAGGACACCUGUCCGAGUGCUGUUUCCCGACAAUGAGACGGAUAAAGUCCUGAAGCCUCAGCCAGCGGGGCCAAACGUCAAGAAGAAGGAGGAGAAAGUCACAGCUUCAAUAAAACAUCCUGAAGAAAGAGACGCUGUUAAAGUGAAGAAUGAUGCGCAGUCAGUUACAAAACACGCUGUUACAAAGGAUCAGAUUGAUGGAGUGCGCUUUGAGAGGGCUUUCCCCGGAGAUAAGAGACUGGCGAGGGUAGUGAGUGUUGCUCGUUCCAGGACGUUCAGGGAGCAUCAGAAUAAAAUCCUCCUGGAGGGCCGCCGUUUGAUCUGUGAUGCCCUGGAUGCUGGAGCCAACCCACAGAUGGUGUUCUUCAGCACGGUGGACCGGCUCCGAGAGCUGCCCUUAGAAAAACUGAAAAGGGCCACGCUCGUCAAAGUCAAAUUCGAGGACAUCAAGAUUUGGUCCGACCUCGUGGCUCCACAAGGGGUGAUCGCUAUAUUUUCUCGUCCGGACCCGUCACGAUUAAGCUUCACAAAUCGAGGUCAUUCAGUGCCACUGUCCCUGAUAUGCGACAACAUCCGAGACCCUGGCAACCUUGGGACGAUGUUGCGAUGUGCUGUUGCUGCUGGCUGCCAUGAUGUCCUGCUCACCAAGGGUUGUGUCGAUGCUUGGGAGCCUAAAGUUCUGCGUGCAGCGAUGGGCGCCCAUUUCCGCCUUCCCAUUCAUUCCAGUUUGGGCUGGGAGGAUGUGGAAAAACACCUUCCUGAGUCUGUGACUGUCCAUGUGGCUGACAGCAGCUGCGGCGUUGACAGAAGUAAAGAAAAAGAGGAUUCACAACUUAAUGUGUCUCCCAAACUGUCCAAACCAGGAGACUACGGCUGGAUCAGCACGAGGCCUAAUCACAAAAACAUGCGCUAUGAGGAAUAUGAUUCUGACUCUGACUCAGAUUAUGAAGAUGAGGGACUUUCACUUCCCAGAGUGGACUCAAAGGUGUACCAUGAGAGCUGGGCUCAGAGUCCCUCUGCUCUUGUGAUCGGCGGAGAGACACAUGGUUUGAGUGUAGACGCCGUCCAGCUGGCGGAGAAAACUGCCGGUCACAGGCUCUUUAUUCCUGUCACCCCUGAUGUGGACAGCUUGAAUUCAGCCAUGGCCGCCAGUGUCCUUUUGUUUGAGGGCAGGAAGCAACUGUUGAAACUAAUGCAGACACCUGGAAGGAAAGAGAAAACUAAAGCUGAGCAGCAGUUAUGAUGUUAGCACUUAAUAUCAUUAUGUGACUUCUGGUGUAUACUUAUCCUUGUUAAUAAAAACUGAACUCUAUUAUUUAAAUUUCCA